GUAGACGAUGAUGUCUAAAACAGACAUUGGGCUGUCCUGUCGUUCAGAAAACAAACAGCGCAGUUCGCGUUAUUGAGGUCAGUGGGACACGUGACUGGCGUUGUCCAGUUGGAUGCUCUGUUGACUAGCGGAGCCAGACAAUCGCACGAUAUGCAUCUGCUAUUAACGUGAAUUCCUCUCUGUGGAUUAAAAUAUAUAGCCUAGCCUCGCCGUGAUCAUGGGACAGUGUGGUGUUAUUUCUUCGAAGACGGUCUUAGUCUUCCUCAAUUUGAUUUUUUGGGCUGCCGCUGGUAUACUGUGCUACAUUGGGGCCUACGUUUUCAUCACAUAUGAUGAUUAUGAUCAUUUUUUUGAGGAUAUCUACACUUUCAUCCCUGCCAUGGUGAUAAUUGCUGUGGGCACGCUUCUUUUUGUCAUUGGUUUCAUUGGAUGCUGUGCCACCGUUCGAGAAAGCCGCUGUGGCCUGGUCACGUUCUCAGCAGUGCUGCUACUGGUGUUUGCCACAGAGGUGGUUGUAGUGGUGCUAGGCUAUAUUUACAGAGCCAAGGUCGAGGCUGUAGUGAAUCACUCUAUUCAAAAAGUAUAUAAUGAAUAUAAAGGCACCAACACAGAUGCUCCCAGCAGGGCCAUCGACUAUGUCCAGAGACAGCUCCACUGUUGUGGCAUUCAUAACUACUCUGAUUGGAUGAACACUGACUGGUUUAAUGAGUCCAAAAACAACAGCGUUCCGGUGAGCUGCUGCAAGCCCAGCAUCAGGAACUGCACUGGGACGUUAAUGCGACCAGAAGACCUCUACCCAGAGGGCUGUGAAGUUCUUGUAGUAAAGAAACUCAAGGACAUUAUGCUGUACGUCAUACUGGCAGCAUUAACGUUCGCUGCCAUACAGAUGCUUGGGCUGCUGUGUGCGUGUUUGGUCCUUUGCCGCAGAGGUCAUGACCCUGGCUAUGAACUGCUUGUCAGCACGGGUAUAGAUGCCUGAGUGGUACCGCAUGGCAUCAUGGGAAGGGCUGGUCCUCCCAGCCAGUGUACUGUACAUAUUUAAACUGAAUCAGGCUACAACUUUUCUACACUAGUAUUAAAACCAGUUUCAGUACCUUUGUUUGACUUAAAAACAAAGCUUUGAAAGCUUGAAUAGCCACAAACUGCUUUAGUUGUGAAGAAAAUGUUCCUAUAAAUGUUCCUAGAGGAAGUAUUGAGUCUGAGUACAGAGUCUGAUGAGCAGAAAAUAAUAAUUCAGUUGUUUAUUAUAUUGUAAAUAUUUUACACUAAUGUGAUAUCAUGUGUUAUUGUCACUGGUUGACAUAGUUCAAAUGUUUCCCUUAUAGUAUGCUGUAGAAGUAAUCCUUCCUAGACAUAUUGAAAGAUUGUUUUAAAUGUAAAAAAAUUUCUGACAACUUUCCUUGCUUCUCAUUUCGAACUUAUCUUUAGAGAAAUAAUGAUACAAAUGAUUUAAACUACAAACCUGAUUCCAAAAAAGUUGGUAUACUGUACAAAUUGUGAAUAAAAACAGAUUGCAAUGAUG